AUUUCCUCUGGCAGUUAGUCAAGAUUUUCAUUGACAUGCAAAUAUAUUCCAAAACUAGCUCGCUGAUUGGAUGGAAUCGCUCAAAGCGUCACGACGCCUACUUCCUUUAAAGAGUAUACAGAUCAAAUUUGACUUUUAUACACGUGAUAUAUAGCACGGAUACAUUUAUAAGCUUGAGAUAUAUAUAUAUACACAUAUAUAUUUUAAUCUUGUAAUGAAUUGUAAUCGUGUUUUUAAUGUAAUGUUCUGCUCUUAUGCGUGGAUGAGUCAAAUUGUGGUCACAUGAGUGAAAGGGAAGUUGAAGGACUUUCACACUGCAAACUUCUCCACACCAGAGUAGUUUAGAUCUUCUGGACCUGAGGACAUGGAGAGGAGACCAGUCUUUAAUGAUUAUGGAGCCACACAUGGCACAGACAACCCUGGCUACAUGCCUUCAGCAUCUUCAACACCAGCCAUGUCUGGCGGCCCUGCAGCUCCUUCAGCGCCCCCUGCUGGAUUUUAUGACACAGUGCCAGGGUAUGAGGGCACACUGGCCGGUGGAGGAGGAGGGUUUCUUCCUCCCCCGAUACCCUCGGCGCCCCUGCCUGCACAGGACAACCUCCCUGCCCAACCCAACUGGAAUAUAACUUCCAUUACGGAGGAAAUUGCGCGUGAGGCCUUUAUAAGCUUCUCAUCCAGUAAAUGCUGUUACAGCUCUGCGCCGGCCCGAGAUGGAGUCAUCACCAACUUGGAGCCCUUCAACACCUACAGGUAUCGCUUGGAGACAUACACCGAGACGAGAGCUACUGAAUGGAGUCAAGAACCGUACACAGGCCAGCCCGUGGAUGCGUUUAUCCAGCCUGCACCAGCACCGUGGGCAAUAACAGCCCAAACACCCAAUUUCUUCCAGGAUCAAACGCAGAACAUCAGAGUGCCAUAUACCGCCUCGGUCAAGAACUGUCAUGUCUGUUUGGGCAUGGGAAGAAAGCCAUGUAAGGAUUGUGCAGGCUCUGGGAAUAAAGUCUGCUGGGUGUGUAACGGUAGUGGGUUUCGCCACGGAACUGACCGCUGCACGCACUGUAACGGCCGUGGAAGAGAAAACUGUACCUGGUGCCACGGACACGGCUCCCGCGAAUGUGAAACAUGUCGAGGGAAGCGUCAGCUCCUCGUCUUCAUCACACUCAAGAUCCAGUGGACUACUACUAAAAAUGAUUACGUGGUGGAGCAGUUGAGCGGUCUGAAAUCGGAGAAUCUCAAUCAGGUCACCGGAAGGGCGAUGUUCACAGACUCCCAGCACAUGCUUUACCCGGUGAUGGGUUUCCCCAACCCUUCGUUGAACCAAGCAUCUGAGCGUUUAAUACGAGAACAUCAAUCCAAAUAUUUCCAGACUUCGCGCAUUCUGCAGCAGCGUCACACCAUCGAGCUGAUCCCCAUCACCCGGGUGCACUACGCUUGGAAAGGGAAGUCCUACCUUUUCUUCGUGUUUGGGAACGAGAACACCGUGUACACUGACGACUACCCGGCCAAAUGCUGCUGCUCGGUCAUGUAAUCCCAUAAUUCAGCAUUUUUACCCGACAAAAACACCAAAUGAAGACAGAUCAUCUUUACACUGUGAUAGUCUUCAUUGAAUCUUUACAGUACGCAUGUAUGUAAUUAACAACAUUUAGGGAAUCGAACACAAAUUCUCAGCAAAAUCCUGAAAGCAUCUCGUACAGCUCUUCACGCGAGUUGAACCCUAGCUUUCGCUUGAAAGAGCCGGUUCAAAGAGUCGACUCGUUCACAAAAGACAUAUCACUGCUAGCUGGCUACCAAUGUAGGCUAAUCCAGGGGUUCCCAAACUUUUCCAGGGCAAGGCCCCUCGAAUGGCAUUAACAUUUGACUGAGGCCGCCCUUUUGCAAGAUGUCUUUAAAACAUUAAAAAUACAGACUUCUGAAUAUAUCCCAUUUUUUAUUAAUAAUUACAUCUUACAUCUUUACAUUACAUUACAUUACAUUAGGAAUUGAUUGUGUGUGUGUUUGUGUGUGUGUGUGUGUGUGUGUGUUUGUCUGAGAGUGAGAAAGAGAAAACAUACUAGUGGGAGGGAUGGGCUUAGUGGCUCUGACCAAAUUGUUGAGGCCCUCUGGGCGCCCCCUGGCGGCCCACAAGGGGGCUGCGGCCCCCACUUUGAAAACCACUGGGCUAAUCAGCUGAUUAUUGCAUCCUAGUAGGCUAUAGUUACAUAUCAAGACAAUUCUCUGCUUUUCGUUAACAGUUUCUUCUUGGCAGUCUUUUAGAUUCUCAGCCGCAGUCUGUUCCAUCACAUUUUAACCCGAUUUGUUUCCACUUAAUAUACGUUGAAAUAUUUGGUCCGUCCUAGGAUUUCACAAGCUGUGAAUAUAAACCAUACGGAACUCGUGUUGCCUUUACUUGCCUUAAAUGAAUGCUCCGUCACAAACCACAUACUAUCACGGUAAAUAAUUCUCCACUGGCCUAUAUGAAGUUGUGUACUAUUUUGACAUUUUAUUUAGUACAAGUAUUUAGUUUAGUACGUACCAUAUAACCUAUCUCAUUAUUAUUAUUAUUAUUAUUAUUAUUAUUAUUAUUAUUAUUAUCAUCAUCUUUAAAAAAAAAAAAAAAGAUGAGCAGCUCUGUAACAUUACUGGCUAGUAAUGGGAAAUCUGGCUUGUUUUUAAGCGAGUCAGAUCAUUUGGCUCAGACCGACUCACUCGGCUCUCGAACGGAUCAUUGCCAUCGUUUUUCUUAAUAUUUUGACCAGUGGUUGUUUUUUCUUUGCCUAAGUAUGACCAAAAUUGUGCCAUAAAACCUUGCAUUUUAUCAAAUAUAUUUAAUUGUGAAAUCAGCAAGGUGUUUUUUGUUGUUGUUUUUUUAUUAAUUUUUUUUUUUUUAAAAAAGGUCAAUGAAAGCAUGGCUGCAUUUAAUGGUUGUGUGCUGCUGUGGCUGUGCUUCAUUUGCUUCAUUUCCAUUUAUCCUGAAGCAUGGAAGCAUUUUGAUAAAAAAAAUAAAUUUUUUUAAACGGCA